AUGUCUCCAAAAUGUCCUGCGUUCAAGAUAUUAUUCAUCAAAGGACACUUCAUCUUCGUCGUGACGUUCCUUCUGGACAAUGAGAGCUCUUUGAAGUUCUGCGAAAUUUACGCCUACUUGAUUAUCGUCUUCCAAUCACAUUACUUCCUUCUUGUCAACUUCCUCUAUCGCUAUUUCAUGAUAACGAGGUCUCCUGAACCUUCUUCUUUAAAUAUAUAGUUUCACCGCCAAUUUUCGUUCAGAAAAGUUGCAGAAUCGAAAAAUGCAUUCAGAAGAAGCGAUAUCGGAAUUCUGUUUCUGUGCAACCCACGUAUUUCUCAGCCUACAGCCCGUUGUAGAUCCGAUUUUCACACUGUCGUUGAUCAAGAUCUAUCGCGACAAGGUCAUUCUGUUCCUGACCGUCCUCUGUAGGAAGGAGCCAACGGCGAGCAUCAACUCUGUUGGAAUCGCAUCGUCUCAGAUCGUUCCAGAGCAAAUUGAAAUCACUUCUUUGUGA